UACCGUAAAUUGUAUUAUGUAGUUGAACGUUAAUGAAAACGCUGCAUGUAUCUUGUAUAUCCGGCAAAUUGGAACGCCAAUUUGACUGGUAUGUAUGGUCGAUGAAUCUUUUUCCGGCAGCCGGCGUCCAUUUUCCUUCUUGGCUUGUCUGUAGUUGGCGCGUUUCUUGUUUAUAAAAGCUUGGAUAUUUAUUUGAUACACAAAGAAAAUUUUAUUAGAAAUUUUAGAUAUUGAAGAAAAAAUGGAAGGUGCGCCAAGUGGCAGGGGCGGAUUCAGAGGCCGCGGUGGUCCUGGUGGACCGAUGAGAGGACGCGGUGGUUUUGGAGAUAGAGGAAGGGGUGGUCUACCUAGAGGAGGUAGUAUGAUGCGAGGUGGUCGAGGUAGCGGACCGGGAGGUGGAAUGAGAGGUGGUCCACCAGGUAUUAGAGGUAGAGGUGGUCCUCCGGGUAGAGGCGGACGGGGUCACUUUCCACCAGGAGGCCCUCCAGAACCUGGGAUGGCUGGUGGUCCAGGUGGCGGCCCUCCACCUCCAGGAUUAGGUGGUCCACCAAGAGGAGGAAGUAGAGGAGGAGGAAACAGUGGUUUUCGUGGCAGAGGCAGAGGAGAUUUUGGUAGAGGAGACAGUCGUACUCCAAAUAGUAAUUUCCGUGGACGUGGUAUGGACAGAGGAAGUCGUGGUAGUUCAAGAGGUGGCUCAAGCAGAGGUGGCCCAGGUGGAAGAGGAGGUUUUGGAGAUCGUGCUAACAGAGGUGGUAGAGGUGCACCGACAAAAAGAGGAGGUGGUCCACCGGGAGCAAGUGGUCCUUCAAAGAGACCAAGAUUUGAUCAACCAUCUUCACAACCUUCUAAUGGUUAUGCAACACAACCUCCAAAUCAAGGCGGAUAUGGAGGAGGUGCUGGAAAUGCAUAUGGUGGAGGUCAACAACAACCCCCACAACAACAACCUGUAGGAUACGGUGGAGGUUAUGGAUCGCAACAAGGUUAUGCACAGUCAUCAUAUCAAGGCUAUGAAAGCUAUCAGCAGCCACCUGACUAUGCACAAGCUGCGGGUUAUCCACCAUCAGCACCACCUGAUAGUAGGUAUGGAGGAGCUCCUGCAGUACCUGCAACUGGAGCUUUUAAUACUGGUGAUCCUUAUAGUUAUGGAAAGGCACCACCUUCAGCUAGUUACCAGCAGGAGGCAGUAGCAGCUGCAGUGGCAGGGGGUGGGGGUCCGGGUUAUGCUCCUGCUAACCCGUAUGACGACCGAUCUUCUAAUGCUACCACCAUGAUCAACAGGGGUGGUUACUCUACGCAACCUUAUGAUUACCCAAAUCAGGAUGGAGUAUAUGGCAAACAGGAUUAUGGUGGCAGUGCUGGUUACCAAAACGCCCAGUCUCAGCGACGUUAUUAGAUAUUGCAUACACAACUAUUUAAUUAUAAACGUCAAAUUCUUUUAUAAAUUCGAAACUACGUCUAACGUGUGAAAUAGUUGGAUACUAAUAAUUUAUCAAUCAGAAGUAUAAUAGUAUGGAAUUUGACCGCAGUAAAAUGGAUAUACUUCAUAUAGGUAUAAGAAUUUUAUCUGCAUUAAAAAGAUGGGAGAGCAUUGCAGGAAACUGUUUUUCCUAUCUUCAUCGCGCUAAUGGAAAUUAUGAACGGCGCGAGAAAAACAAGAAGUUGUUCAAUUAUAUGAUUGAAAAGUAUAAAUGACAAGAGCGUUUUAUACUUGACUAGCAGUAUAUAGUAUCUACUAUGUCAUGUUUCGCUUACACAAUUUUAUAGGAUUAAGUUUAGUUGCUGUACAGUCUUCUUCAUUCACUUUGCGUAUUGUAAAAUAAAAUCAGUUGAUAAAAUCAUUAUUGUAACUGUAAGGAUGAUGAUGAUGUCAAGUUUUUUGUGAGAAUGAGAUUAACUUUUAAAAAAAUUUAAAUACGAAAUUAUUCAGAAAUACAAAGCUCAACACGUAUUAUGUGUAAAUCUAUAUCUCCAUAGUGUAUUCUUUCUGUUUAUUUAAAAGAACUAAAUAACUAUAAUUUUAUUAGAUGAUGGUACCUUUUUGUGCGAUAAUGCGUCCAUUUUUUUAUUUGGGAUUAUCAUAACGAUAAACAAAAAUUUAUAUGUGACGAAAUUCCCAAUGUUAUAUGCGAUUUUUAGGUUGAUAUAUCAUGAUUUUGAUUAAUGAUCUUAAUGAAUAUGUACCUAUCUCCAUUAAAAAUGAGAAGAAAAACAAAAUAGUAUCGUUUUCAUAGAAAAGACUCAGUGCUAAAUUAAUUUUUACACCUUAAUAAUAAAAAUUAAGAUAUAAUUAAUGUCACACUGGCAGAGACAAUCAAGGCACAAAUAGUGAAAAUUAAACAAAAAAAAAAUAACUAAAAAAAUUUCAAGAAAGGCAAAGAAGUGUGACUUGCUGUGAUAUUUGUGCAUGCAAAUUAGAAUUUGUCCCAGCCAAUUGUGUCUCUAAAUAUAUAUGUAUGUAUAUAUAUAUAUAUGUAUGUAUGUAUGUAUGUAUGUAUAUAUAUAUGUAUAUAUACAUAUAUUAGGAUUUGGAAAUAUUAAUUGAAAAGACAAGAAAAGUUUAUAUUUAUGUUUCAUUUGUUAUAUAAAAUAAUAAUUUAAUCUACAACGAAACUGUAUCAAAAGUUAUUGUCAUAUAUAUGUAUAUUUAUACAUAUACAUAUACACAUAUAUAUAUGUGUGUGUAUAUAUGUAUAUAUAUAUAUAUAAAUAUAUCAUUUUCAUAGUAGUAGUAUUGAUUCAAUAUUGUAAGCAAUAGAAGAAACAUUGAAAUGGAGAAACACAAAAAAAUAUCGUGCAAAAAGCAAAUAUUUUCAUAUUUAUUAUCUCCUCACCUUCGACACAAGAUAUACGGAUCAAAGAAAAUGAAAAGCUAGCGAUGAAAUGAAAACCAGCAUCUGCCCUAGGAAAUCAUCAAAACGAAUAAAUUGGGCACCAGGUGUACACAUUAAAAUGUCCCCAGCUCAAAUGAGCAGCAUAUAGACGUACAAGUAACGUAGGUAUGAGCUUUUGUUAAAAAUGAUAAUUAGAUAUUAAUCACUAUUAUUAUUUGGUAAUAAUAGUAGUAAUAAUAAUAAUAAUAUAUUAUAAUAAUAAUCAUAAUCAUAAUAUGUAGAAGUAUCAUUACUUUUUAUUAUAGAGAUCAGUUAAAAUAAUUCUUUUAUCACACUAAAUGAGAUUCACUAAAGCGCACAUAUAAAUAAUAAUGACAAAUAAUAGGCAUAUCAAGAUCUUGACAAAAAACUAAGUUUAUUUCACAGGCGUAACAGCAACCUGAGAAACUUAGGAAAGAGAAUGAAAGAAUGAGAAUACCUUCCCUCCAUUACCACGAAGGAGAUACCAAUACUGAUUAAAAAAAAAAAAAAUAAAAUAAAAAAAAAGAAAAGCAAAGCAAAAAACCAAAAGAAAUAUAAAAUACUUACGAAUGACGAUUAAACAGUCAAAUAAUAAUUUGUCAAAUGGCACAGGUACUAUCGUAUUUAAAAUUGAUUCGGUGAUGUUAGCCAUUCGUCAUUAGCUUUUUGGUAUCAUUUAUAAAUAUAUAUAAUAUACAUACAUAUGUAUAUGUAUAUAUACAUAUACAUAUAUAAUAGAGUUCUCAUUUAAUUUGGUAAUUGCUAGAAAUUUAAAUUACAAAAUAAUAAGGAUAUAGUUUGGUACAUAUCAUUUUUUGUUUGAUAUACAUAUAUAUAUAUAUAUAGUAUAUAUUUCUUUAAAUAUAUAAAAUAUAAAUUAAUUAUACACAUAUAUAUAUAUGUAUGUAUGUAUAGAUAUAACGAAUUUAUGUGUGAAUGUAGCACAUCUUUGGCAAUUUCGAUAAUAAUGAUGAAAAAUUUGAACCCCGAAACAAAAAAAAAUCCACGAAAAGAAAGAAAAUCCAUGAAAGUGCAGUUAAGAAAAAGCAAAAAUUUCUAACGACGUGCGAAUGUGCACUUUAAUUCGUAAAUAUUAAGAAAAAACAAACAAAAACAAAUGCUCGAGUAGACCGCAACCCAAGCUGAGGUGAGUAAAUAUAAAUAAAUAUCUAUCAAUUUUUGUGCAGAACUACAAUUAUCAUUCAAUGGUCUUCCUAAAGGAAAAUUAAUUGUGGAACGAGUGUAUAAACUAAAAAUUGAUUUAAAUACCUGCAUCUAUCGAGUGUAAAGUGGAACAAUAUUAUUAAGAAGCUAUAGAAGUGAAGCGAAGAGAAGAAAAGAGAGAGAGAGUCAUCUUUUUUGCAUCGUUGCAUCACAACGUGUUUAUAUUGUAUUUAAAAAAAAAAAAAAAAUAAAAAUAUAGUUGUAUAUAA